UCUUGGGCCGGGGAAGCGCCGUCCUAGACAAACCGAACCAUUCCACUUAGGACCCCCUCCAGGCUAGCCGCAGCUGCAAAUAUCAAACUUCUUCUUUCUUGUUCCUCCUUACGCCCAUCCAUCAUAUCUUCCUUCUCCCGUCCUUCCUCCAGUCAGCUACCCAUCCAUCUUAUCUCUCUUUGUUCGCCUCCCGUCAUUCAUCUAUAAUUUACCUAUGCUCAUACCCAUACGCCCUAUUGUCCUUCGAGUCCCCUGAUUCCUGCGCCAAGCAAACAAACACCAAAAAGGUCAACUCUUUCCUCUCUCCCCUGGGACGACGAUAAGGAUAGGGGUUACUUAGCGCGAAACCGCCUACCAUGGCCCUCCACCAACCGGCCCGUCAGCUCCAGCAACAACGAAAUCGCCUUCUCUCGAGCGAUGGCUCUUCAGCCGUCUUCGCGCCCCAACCGACAGGUGUGGGCGAGUCGCAGACAUGGGUUCUCUUCACGCCCGGCACCGACGCCGGCACGACAGCUUCCUACCUCAGCGACUCUAUCCACGAUGACCAGCAGCUGACGCCCGGCCGGUCGCGGGUUAGCGAUCUCGGUAGCUUCGACACCGCAGCCCGUUCCGACUUCAACUCGCAAAACGACAACUCGGUAGUGCCCUCGGAUUUCCUCGAAGAGAAGAGCAUUGCGGAGGAGGAGGAGGAAGAAGAAGAAGAAGAAGAGGAGGAGGAUCCCGAGUUCGACAGUCUCGACAGCCACCUUCCAGACUUCCGAACGCCUCUCGGGCAGUCGCCGCAAAAUGCGCAUGCGAUGCCCGUUUUCCCCAGCCAUGACGGCAUGGGUUCGUUUCAGUUCAAGCCUCCGGGUAUGAGCAGCGACAUCCAAGAGCGACUAUACCAGUUCGAGCGACUCAACCCCAACCGCAUUCAGCGUCGCAACGACGCGCUCGAGCAGAUUCAUAUGGAAUAUGGCGGGCAAGAGGUGGAAGACAAUGAGCGCAACCGGAGGAUAGAGGCAUGGCGGUUGGAGCAGAGCAAGCUGUUGCUCGAAAGAAUAAAAAAGGAGACAAGGAGGAGGCAAUCGCAGACUUCUCUACGCACCGUAAACUCUGCCAGGAGCGCGGGCGAUGAGGCCGCGACCGUGCUGCAUCAGCUCGAGCAAGACGAUGCGGCAAGCCUCGCAAGCGAUGAUUGGCAUGAUCACGAUGACGAAUACAAGGCUCAGUCCGCCAGCACAGAAACGCUCAAAGAAGCGAUCGACAAGGAAGCAAGCGAAGGGAUAAUAGGGCGGACAAGAGAGGCAAUCUGCAACCUGAUAGGAGUCGACGAUAGGCUCCUCGCCAUUCUCCUAGGCGAAGCCCUCCCUGACGAGGAAGAGCUCUCCACUACGCCUACGGCAUCCACGACUAUAAACGUCGACUCACAGGUACAAACGUCCGAGGAUUCGACAUGGCAGUUGCGCAUGCUAAACCGGAUAGCAAAAGAACUCGGGGUGCUGAUUCACCAACUAUCAACCUCUCCCCACCCCGGCGCCUUUUCCACCUACACCCGGGUCCAGCAAAUACCCCUCCCAUACGCCGGCCUACCAGUAAUUCCCGAGGCCUCAGCCGUCACCAACAACGACUCUUCAUCCAAGGAUGGUUUCCGCACAGACAGCGAUGUGGUAUCCAACAUGCCCCAGUUCAAACCGACCAUGACCCAGCCCGCCACGGCCCCUGUCGUCUCCGAACAAGGACAGGCCUCCGCUGCCACUCCCGCUCCCUCAGAAGUUACAUCCUCCAAACUUACCACGUCCACCGGGCCGGCCCCGUCCGACGUGACCUCAACAACAGGGGCAGCACCACCCACCACCACCCCUUCUCUCCCCCAACAACAACCAACCUUCACCCAAGACGAAUGGGAACAAGCGCUCGACAUCGGUCUCAUCUUCCGCUACCUCCGCUCUCGCUUCUCUCCUUCCUCCCGACCUCCCUCGCCCACCUCUUUCUCCGGACCAUCCCUGACCCCCUCCUCCUCCUCCAUCUUCGCCACCGCUUCCACAGCCGAUCUAGCAGCCAAAGCCGCUCGCGUGAGACAACACCAUCCCCUCAUGUCUCACAAUCGUCGCCCUCGCCACGCCCCCGCUACGCGCACCUUCAAAGUCAGCACCCCCUCAGGCCCCAACAGCGUCACUUCCCCCACCAACGCUGCGGCAGCCGCGGCGGCAGCCGUGGUGUCGGUGAUGAGGCAGCGGGCGGGGAGCUGUGCUAGUCAGAGUACGCAGAGGAGCGCUGCUAGGACGGGGAGGGGCAGUGUGAAGAGAAGGAAUAGCGGGGCGUCGACGGCUACUGGGAGGGUGAGUCAUGGGAGUAGGCAUUAUUGGGAUUUUCCCAAGGGGCCGGGGAGUGUUAAGGGGGGGAGUGUGAUUGCGGGAGCGGGAGGGGGGAUGGGGAGUUGGGGGGAGGUUUGAACUGUGAACUGGGUGACGAUAUGGGGUGUUGGAUGUGGUAAUGUGCAUGGUUGGGAGGGGUAGAUAAAGUGAAUAUUUUUGGACAUCAUCGGUAUUGUAUAAUAGAUAGUAAUAUGGGUCAGCGGGGAGUUUUUGGUUGAGGUUUACGGCCUACGUACGGUCUACGGGGAGGAGACGAGGCGACGACAGCCCGGGGAGGCGAUGGGAGCGAGGGGAGAGGCAUAUUGCAUUCUUGCAUGUUGGCAUCACAUCAUAUCAUCACAUCACAUCACAUCGUUUAUCGUCGUUAUAGUCUUUCUUGGGAAUUCCAGGGGAGAAUAAAGCCCAUUUGAAGAUACUACUGAUCUCGAACAACCAACGUGA